GCCUCCUCGGCAGGGACGAUUCCCUAUUGAAAAGGGCGUCUCGUUUGCUAAUUAGUAGAGGGGCCACACGCUGGCCUGCUCACUUAAGAGUAUAAAAGUGAAGGUAGGUUGAGAGCCUCUGGUUACAGCUUUCUUCCAGUUCAAGCGGCCGGUCUCGUGCGAUUCUGGUGCUCAGUGGCUUUUUUAUUUACACUCGCGGUCUCACUUAUACCAAGGCAAAUAUGCAGCGGCACUUUCUGCUGGGCAUUGCACUCCUGCUUGCAGCUUCAGCUGCAGCCAAGAAACUCCCCGACUACAUUCAAAAGUGUCACAGGUCAGACCCGAAAUUUGACGAAUGCAUGGUAAAUUCCAUUGAGAGUUUGAGGACACGUCUCGGAAGAGGCAUUCCUCCCCUUCAAGUUCCUGGCUAUGAGCCCUUGGUCAUUCCUGCUUUGCAUAUUGACAGGAAAACCGACGCUUUGGAUAUCAGCGCCUCCUUGGAAAAUCUCAAAGUUGCGGGAGCAAGCAAAUUCAUCAUCAAUGAUAUAAAAUCAAACUUUGAUGAUUUGAGUUUGAAGGCGAAAGUGACUCUGCCUGAGCUGCAGGUAGUGACCAAUUAUGACGUCAAUGGUCGCCUCCUUGUCGUGCCUCUGACUGGAAAAGGCGUCCUCGAAGGAACCUUCAAGCAAGUGACUGCCAAUUUGGUUGUGACUGGAAAAAUGACUGAGCGAAAGAACAAGAAGUACCUGAUAAUUGACACGUUCAGGUCUGACGUUAAAGUUGGAGACUCUAAGCUUAAAUUCCUUGAGCCAUCCGGCAGGUCAAUGAGACAGAAUCCGAUAAAUUCGGCGAGCACUCAAUUUAUCAACGACAACAAGGCCCAAGUUUUGGAGCUAAUCAAGCCUAUUAUCGAAGACACGGUCAACGAACUUUUCACUGGCAUCGCCAACCGCGUCCUCCAAUCUGUGCCAUAUGAUGAUCUCGUCCCAUCUUUGCGCGUGCACUCCGCGAUGAAGCUGCAGACCACCUUAAUUGCGCUCGCUUGCCUGCUGGCCGCGGUCGGUGCCAGAAAUAUCCCGAAAUAUGUGAAAAUCUGCAGUAGAAACGACCCCGAACUGAACAAAUGCCUUGUGGAUUCCGUCGACAAGUUGCGACCUUACCUGGCAAAGGGCAUCCCCGAGUUCCGUAUCCCUCCCUACGACCCUCUAUUCAUCCCUCAAGUGAGCCUUACUCAGGGCGAGGGACCUGUCAGUUUCAAGUCCAUCUUCAACAACAUGAAGACGUCUGGUGCCAAAGACGUAAUUGUCAGAGACGUUGAUGUUGAUCUGAAAAAUCUUGUCGUCACCCUGAGACUUUUCUUCCCCACACUGCGUAUCGAGUCCAACUACGAAGUUGACGGAAGGAUUUUGGUUGUGCCUGUCCAGGGAAGCGGAAGGAGCGACGGAAAUUUCACUAACGUUGAGGCCCACGUUGUUCUGAGUGGCAACGAAGAGAAGCGAAAGGGGCUGACCUACGUGUCGCUGAAGGACCGCAAAGUUGAUCUCGAAAUUGGAGGCGCCUCCAUGUACUUUGACAACCUUUUCAACGGCAACAAGCAGCUCGGCGACACGACCAACCGAUUCUUCAACGAGAACUGGAAGGACAUUGUGCGUGAGAUCAAGCCCGUGCUGGAAGACACGAUCGCCGAAGUGAUCCACGGAAUCGUCGUUCAGGUGUUUAACCUCUUCCCUCUGGAGCAGCUCCUUCCCGAAGAAGUGUAAGGGAAUGUCCGAGAGUGCCCAUAGUCUGAUUUCCUCAACGACUGCAUCAAGCUGUGUUAUUUCUCUAAUGGU